ACUUACAGUAGUAGUAGUGGUAGUAGUAGGGGUCACCAUGGUCAACAGCAUGGACAUUGAAAAACAAGAGAAGCGCUACUGUAUUCGAGGAAAGCAUGUAGCCAUCAUCUGUGCUGCAGUGGUGGUGUGCUCCUUAGCGGUAGGUCUCGGGGUAGGGCUGUCUAAGACCUCCAGCACAACCUCUCCUCCUCCUCCAACCACGGAGCCGCCGCAGCCUUCAAAGGGACCCUGUUUGCCGUCCGAAGACUCCACUGGGGAUUGGAAGAACUUUCGCUUGCCUAACUAUGUCAGUCCAGUUCACUACGAUUUGCACCUGGAGCCCAAUAUGGAGGAUGAUACUUAUUCUGGAACGGUGGACAUCCAAGUGGAGGUGAAGGAGAACACCAAGCAUUUGUGGUUGCACAUCAGGCAGACGUACGUGAGCGCACUGCCCCGUUUAAGGACAGGGGAGAGCCAGGCGGACGGGACGAAACUGGGGGUGACGAGGUGUUUUGAGUACAAGCGGCAUGAAUAUGUGGUGGUGGAGGCAGAAACGACGCUAACCCCAGGGAGCUACGUGCUAAGUCUGGACUUCAAGGGGGUGCUCACCGGGUCCGUGGUGGGGUUCUACAGGGUGGUGUACAACGAGGGAGGCGUCACCAAAAAGAUCGCAGCCACCGAUCACGAGCCCACGGACGCCCGCAAGUCCUUCCCCUGUUUCGACGAGCCCAACAAGAAGGCCACAUACAAAGUUUCUAUCACCCAUGACAAGGCCUACCAGGCUCUGGGCAACAUGCCCCAAGAGGGCCCUCCAGAGGUGGUACCUGGAGACAAACGGAAGACCUCCUUCAUCAAGUCCGUCCCCAUGAGCACAUAUCUGGUCUGCUUCGCUGUGCAUCAGUUUGGCUUUGUGGAGAGGACGUCUGCCAGAGGGAUACCUUUAAAGAUCUGGGCCCAGCCUACUCAGCUCCACACUGCUGAGUAUGCUGCUAAUACUACCAAGAUCAUCUUUGAUUACUUUGAGGAAUACUUCAACAUGAACUACAGCAUCUCAAAACUUGAUAAGAUAGCCAUCCCUGACUUUGGCACCGGGGCCAUGGAGAAUUGGGGCCUGAUCACCUACAGAGAGACCAACCUGCUGUACGACGAGAAAGAGUCGUCCUCCUACAACAAGCAGAGGGUGGCCAGUGUCAUCGCUCAUGAGCUAGUUCACCAGUGGUUUGGAAACAUAGUGACAAUGGACUGGUGGGACGACCUGUGGCUGAAUGAGGGCUUCGCCAGCUUCUUUGAGUAUGUGGGAGUGGAGAAGGCUGAGCCCACCUGGGCAAUGCGAGAUAUCAUGAUAAUCAGCGAUGUCCUGCCUGUGAUGGAGGAUGACGCACUGCUCUCCUCCCACCCCAUAAUCGUGGACGUGUCGACCCCGGCCGAGAUUACUUCUGUGUUUGAUGCCAUUUCUUACAGCAAGGGUGCUUCAGUGUUGCGCAUGCUGGAGGACUGGAUGGGCAAAGAAAUGUUUAGAGAUGGUUGUCGGCAAUACUUGAAGGAUUACUACUUCAUGAACGCCAAAACAGCAAACUUCUGGGCAUCGCUUGCAAAGGUGAGUGGUCUUGGUGUUGCGGACGUGAUGGACACUUGGACCCAGCAGAUGGGAUAUCCAGUCCUGAAUCUGUCUCUUACUGAGGCAGGGGCCAAACUCACCCAGAGACGCUUCCUCCUAGACCCCAACGCGGACAUCAGCCAACCCCCCUCUCCUCUAGGGUAUAAGUGGACAAUGCCUGUGGAAUUUCAUGCAGUGAAGAGCAACAGGGACUUUGUAGAAAUGUUCAACAAGACACAAACAGAGCUUAUUGUGCCGGGCUACUCCUCUGAGGUGGAUGGGCUGUUAAAGGUAAACAACGACCACAUUGGCUUCUACAGAGUGAACCAUGACGAACACAUGUGGACCUUCAUCAGUCAGCAGCUCCUCUCGGAUCAUAGGGAGUUUGAUGCAGCUGAUCGAACCAGUUUUAUUGAUGACGUCUUUGCUCUUGCAAGGGGGGACAUAAUAGACUAUGGAAAUGCCUUUAACCUUACCCAGUAUCUGGCCAAUGAGACAGACUACAUUGUGUGGAAGAGUGUGGCCAACUCUAUCGCAUAUGUCAGGGACAUGCUGUCCAGUAAUAAUGAGCUGUAUCCUAAGUUUCAGCAACUGUUUCGAGACCAUGUUAAAACCAUCGCUGCUGAACAGGGCUGGGAUGAUGUGGGUGACCAAAAUACCAGGUUGCUACGGGAGACGGUCCUGGGCAUCGCCUGUCAGAUGGGAGACACUGCAGCGCUGGAUGAAGCUUCUCGCCUGUUUAACCAGUGGAUUGAUGGGACACUGAGUAGUGUGGCUGUGAACCUCCGGCUGCUCGUCUAUCGUUACGGCAUGAAGAGAGCUGGCACUGUGGAAAAGUGGGAGACAAUGUUCCAGAGAUACACCACCUCUACACUGGCCCAGGAGAAGGACAAGCUUCUGUAUGGACUGGCCUCUGUGGAAGAUAUUCACCUUCUCAACAGGCUGCUGGAGGCCGCUAAAAACGAGAGUGUGGUGCGCAGUCAGGACCUGUUCACUCUGGUGCGCUAUGUGUCCUACAACCCCAAGGGACAGAGCAUGGCCUGGGACUGGGUCACUCUCAACUGGGACUACCUGGUCGGCCGUUACACCAUCAAUGACAGGAACUUGGGCCGUCUUCUGAGCUCCAUCAGCACCUCGUACAACACAGACAUGCAGCUGUGGAAGCUGGAAAACUUUUUCAGCCUGACACCAGACGCAGGAGCAGGGGAGAUGCCCAGAAAACAGGCCCUAGAGACGGUCAAGAACAACAUUGAGUGGAUGAGGCGUAACCAGGACGAGAUCAAGCUAUGGCUGGAUAACAAUGUUAUAUUGUCACAACACAAAAUAGGCCUAAGUGUAGGCCCUUAGAACUGGCACUGGACUCCCAAUCACGUUAUUUACUUCUUACUUUGUGUUAUGUUGUACUUGUGAUUCUGUAUUGUUAUGAGUUAUGUGUCAGAUUAAAUAUAAGUCUAUUUUAUUUUUUUGUAUGACAUUUGAGGACUAAAAGACUUAAUCAUUAUUUGGCACUGGCUUAUGUAAUGUAUAAAGUAAUUUAUGUGAAAAGUUGCACUUGGUGUUUUUUCUGUGAUUUAUGAUACAAAAGACUUGGAAUGUCUAAUGAUCAUUGUGUGUAGUACACAAUUAAAAU